AUGUAUGUGUGGAAUAAAUCCAACUACAUCUUCACCUCAUUCAACAUCUCCGAGUCCUUGCUAUUAUUGAUCACCGUGUUGGCCUUUGACAAACGUGCCGUACCGUACAAUUCUAACCGCCCCUCCAACCCACAAAGAACCCCAAGAUUUCCAGCAUAGCUAGCCAAGCUUCUAGGAAAAUGAUGAUCCACGGCGGCAGAAGGGCACCUUCCUAUCUAUCCAUCCAUCCCUAUGCGUGCGCAUGACGUCCCUCCCCUUCCACAUGCCCAUAACAACCACAACAACAAAUAACCGCAUAACAUCCCUCCAUUCAUCCACACAUCCCUCACCAUGUAAACGUCUACGUAUUGUCUCACACACUCACCCACCCCAUUCCCCCCGAAAGUGCUUGUGGGGCCAUGUGCCCAGAUCGCAUGUGUGCAGGAAAUGCGCAGCAGCUGCAGCAGCAUUCC